CCUUUGUUUUAUUCUACUUUUCUAUUCCUGCUGCUAUCCGAUUACAUCGAUCGACUGUCUUGUGAUGAUGGUAUAGAUACGCAAAGAUUUCAUUGAAAUGUUGCGUGAACGUGGCGAUUCCAUAGAUCGUCAUUGCCGCUGGCAUGACAUUAAAAAGAAAUUCGAAAUGGAUUCACGUUAUCGGGCUGUGGAAAAUUCCAUGUAUCGUGAGGAGUAUUUCCAUGAUUUUCUGCGAAUCAUGAAGGAGGAGAAGCGGCGUCGUGAACGUGAACGUGAAAAGGAGCGUGAACAACGGGAGCGGGAUAGAGAGCGUGAACGUAAGUCGGGCAAGAGUGAUCGCAAGGAUAAGGACAAGGAUAGGCGGGAGAGGAGUCGCAGUCGUAACAAAGAUCAUCAUGGUGGGGGACGAGAUGAAAAGGAACGUGAUGGCGGUGGCGGCAGUAGCCGAGACAAGGAAAAGGAACGCAAAGACAAAUCCGACAAGGAUAAGGACAGGGAGGAGAAGAAGAAAAACAAGGAUUAUGAGGAAGGUGAACACCAGUCCGAGGAAGAGGAGGCACGUUCUGCCACCACCGACCACGAAGAAGAGGAAGAAGCCGAGCGCCUGCAAAAGGAACGUGAUCGCCAACUGAGAGCCGAACAAAGUAUACGCGAACGCGAAAAGGAGGUACAACGCACACUGGCCGGUCAUUUGCGUGAUCGCGAUAAGGAACGUGAACUACACAAACGCGAGGAGGCCGUUGGCCAUUUUAAUGCCCUGCUAACGGAUUUGGUACGCAAUCCAGAUUUCACCUGGAAGGAGGUGAAACGACAAUUGCGCAAAGAUCAUCGCUGGGAAUUGGUUGAGUUCUUGGAUCGUGACGAUCGUGAGAGAAUUUUCAACGAACACAUUGAUGGUCUGAUGAAAAAGAAACGUGAAAAAUUCCGUGAAAUGCUCGAUGAAAUUACCACCCUCGAACUGACCAGCAGUUGGAAGGAUGUUAAGAAACUUAUCAAAGAUGAUCCCCGCUACUUAAAAUAUAAUAAUUCGGAAAAAUGUGAACGCGAAUUCCGUGACUAUUUGGUUGACAAACAAAUGGCAGCGAAGGUGGCGCUCAAGGAGCUACUCAAAGAAUGUAAACUCAUCACACACAAAAGUCAUGAAUUGGUACAGGAAAAUCCCAAUCAUCUUAAGGAGAUACUUGAUAUCCUGAAAAUGGAUAAGAGGUAUCUGAUAUUGGAACACAUUGCUGAGGAACGUACCACCAUUGUGGUAAACUAUUUAGAAGAAUUACACAAACGUGGACCUCCGCCACCGCCCACAGCUUCGGAUGCGUCACGGCGUGUCAAGUAAAUGUGGUGGAGGACAACGGCAUGUUGUUUCAUCAAUGGUUCCCAUACUGUUAUGAGUUUCAUUAGGAAUUGCCCAUUCAAGAGAAAUAUUUUGUGUUGUAACAACAUUAUUGAUUUCUAUUAAUAAUAGCUGAUAUAUUUUUUAAAUUAAACCACCACAUCUAACGUCAGAGAAAUUAUUACGAAAAAAAAUGAUUACAUCUGCCUAACACUUACAUCUAUUUCGAAUUGUAUUAACAUUACAUCAUAAUGUUUUAAAUGUAAUUUUAAAUUAAUAAAUAAAUUCAAAAGAGCGUGCAUUUUGCAUAAAAUUAAA